AUCCUCGAGAAAAAAAUUCAACAAGUUUAUGUAUCUGAGGGCGUAGUUCGUUAAAGAGGAUUUCCAAUUGGCGAAAAAUGCAUGGGCGUGUGAAAGUACGAACCACCGCAGAGCAAAAGGAAGCUAAAAGAAAAGAACGGGAAAAGAAAUUAAAGGUUUAUAAUGGUGUCACUUCAAAAAUAUGGAAAAAGCGAGCCGAGAAAGAGCUGGAUGAUGAAGCAUUGGGUUUGACUAGAGAAGUGCUAGCCGCCAACCCUGAUUUUUACACAAUGUGGAAUUUCAGGAAAGAAAUAUUCUUAGAAGUGAGCUCAUCACGACCAGAAAACGAUUUCCAGGCUUUAUGUUCAUCGGAGCUCUCUUUCCUUGAGGAUUGCCUGCAGGUGAAUCCCAAGUCGUAUGGUGCCUGGCAUCACAGGUGCUGGAUCAUGGAUCACAUGCCUCAUCCUGAUUGGAAGAAAGAACUCAAACUAUGUGACAUCUACCUUCAACAUGAUGAGCGCAAUUUUCAUUGCUGGGACUAUCGUCGUUUUGUGGUAGCAAGGUCAAAUGUUAAAGCAAAGGAUGAAUUGGAAUUUUCCACCGCUAAGAUCAGUAGUAAUUUUUCCAACUUCUCGUCAUGGCAUUACCGGAGCAAGUUGCUUCCGCUUCUCUAUCCUGAUGAGGAAAGUACCGGAAGAGUCAGGGAAGACAUUCUACUCCAAGAAUAUGAAUUGGCUCAGAAUGCUUUCUUUACUGAUCCAAAUGAUCAAAGUGCGUGGUUCUAUCACCGAUGGUUGCUUGGAAGAGGUGACAGCCCCCAGAAUAUAAAUUAUUUGUACGCAAAUAAAAGACACAAUAUGAUUGUGGUAGUCUUUGCGCAGCCAGUGCUCAUCCCGGAUAAGAACAGCGUUGUGGUCACCAUGAAUGGUCAAGUUAGAGAUGGAGAGUGGACGACAUCAAAUGGCCAGCAUAUUCAUUCCUUAAUUUGGGUAUCCUUGUUGUGGAUGUUAUGGUGGUUUUCACUGCCGAGAUUGGUGAUAUGCAUGGACCAAUUUGUACCAACUCCAUUUUUUUUUGUUCUUAAAGCACGUUUCUAUCCAUUUAACAUUAGCUUCAUUUCCUUUAUAUUGAUGCUAUCUAUUAAGUUUCACUUUUUUUCCGCUGCAGGGGAUUUUGAAAGUUGGAGUAAGGAAGUGAAUGUGGCAGCAAGGUUGUUUUCUUCUCAACUAAGUGUCGAAAAAACGGGCGUACUAACCCAAGAACUGGAGUCGUGCCAGCAGCUUCUCGAACUUGAACCAGAUAACAAAUGGUGUGUUUUUACAAUUAUCCAGCUGAUGAGGUCAUUAGACCCGUUACGUUAUGAGGCACAAACCGUCGAUUAUAUGAACAUCCUUCUGAGGACUGAUCCGUACCGCGCAAACUACUUUCAUGACCUGCGAAGUAGAUUUUGUAUAGAGAAUGAAAUAUUAAGAGCUGAAGCUGCAGAAGAUAGAAUCAAAGUGAUUGACUUGUCAAAAAAGGAACUGACAACACUGAUUCAUCUUGAACACUUGGUACCAUUAACAGAAAUCAACAUAUCAUCCAACAAGCUCACAUCACUGUCAGGUUGUCACAUGUUACAGUGUGCGGAGAAGAUUUUAGCAGACGACAACAGCAUCGCAAGUUUACAGGGGCUUGGCCCUAUGCAUUCCCUCAAGGAACUUUCCAUUAACAAUAACAGUAUCAAGUCUAUAGAUGACCUUUCAACCCUAACAUCUUGUCCAAAUCUUUCAAGUUUAAGUCUCACAGGUAACCCAGUUUGUCAGCUUGAUGAUUUCCAGAAUGCAAUCAAAAAUCUAUUUCCACAUAUCCAAUUGCUCAAUGGAGUUCAACUAUAAUGUUCACUACAUAUCCUGGCAACCUUGCCUGGAUAAUAGACUCCUAAUUACUUGAAAUAUUGAGUUCAUUGGAGCUCAUUGAAUGACAGUAUUAUAAUUGUCAUUUAGAAGAUUUAAUACCUAUUCUGUCAAUUUAAAAAAUUCCACAAAUCAUGUAUUGUCAGAAGAAUUAAGGGACUAUAAUAUGCCAGCAUAGAAAACCAUGUGACCAAUCAAAUACCUACACAGAAACCAGGUGGCCUACCGUAUACCAGCACACAGACCAGCUGGCCAAUCAUUCGCCAUCACAAAACCAGGUCAUCUCUCAUGUUCCAGCACAGAAAUCAGGUAACUUGUAUGAGCAAUGAACUUAAUUACCAAUAAUGUACCAGUAGAGGGACCUGGUGACCAAUCACUUGACCAGCACAGAAGCCAGGUGACCAGUCAUGUACUAGCACCAAAACCAGGUGACCAAUCAUGUACCAGUGCAAAAAAAACAGGUAAAUUGUCAUGUACAAGUACAGGAACCAGGUGAACAAUGAUGUACCAGCACAGGACACAGAAGGACAAUUUUUUAUUAUCACAGAAAACCAGAUGACUGCUCAUGUACCAUCACAGGAACCAGGUAACCAGCCAUUUACCAGCACAGGAACCAGACCACAAAAAAUCUACCAAUACAGGAAUCAGGUGAUCCAUUAUCAUGUACAAUCGUUAGAACCAAACGGCAAAGUAUGUAUCGCCACAGAAAUACCAAUAUGUGAAUCAGGUGACCAAUUAUCUAUGAAAAUUAUUGGAAUCGGAUAUAUUAUUUUUGCAAUGAUCUAGUGUAUGCCUUUCCAUCACCGAUUAUUGGUCAAUCUCAAAAGCUUUAGGCCUUCAUAUUAGUAGGUCUUGGUACGUACUGCAAAGCAAUGUGCUGGCUUGAUAAGGGGCAUACUGUUUUUACACUGCCAAGCCAGGAGAAAACUGUCUAAUGCAGUUUAAUAUUGGAGGAUAUUUCCAUUUACAGUCUAAACACAUUUACAGUCUAUAAUAUACCGAAUGAUCUUGAGUCGCUUCAGUUUACAUUGGCAAUGAAAACCGCAUUGAAAAUGUAGAAAUUGCAUCAAACGUUUGUGGCAAUUUUUAAUGAUUUUUACUAUCAAAGUUUGUUGCAAAAAAUAAAAUAAAAUAAAAUAAAGAAAAUAUAUACUUUUAAAAAGGAACCAGAAGACUACUAAAUAUUGGAGUAAAACAAAUAGAAUUAUUAUUGGAAGAUACAUAAGUGCAAAUUAUAAUGACUUCCAUGUAAGACAUGUAAGACUCAACAUUUUGACUCUGCAAAUUAUGAAGACCAGGGCCAUUUUACACUGGUAUCUCUGAUGCUGUUUGUGUAUCUGAAGCAGAGAUCGUUCAGCUUCAUGACAGGCCAGUGUUUGUAAAACACAGAAUUGUUGAUUUUUCCAAUUUUAAACUGAUUGAAACCAUGACGAUGUACACCAGGUGUAUAGCAACAGCAGUAAACCUUUCUGUAAAGCCCCGCCUCUUGGAUAUUGUUGCUAAGCUUCCAUUUAUUGCUAAGUGUCAUAAUAUUUACAGCACCACAGUGAGGAAGGCAAAAUGGAUUUCUACAAAAGGAUAGAGUAAUCGUAUGUAAACGCGUGUGUUUUUUGGGACAACACUUGUGUGUUUUGGGUGGGGGGAAGGGCGUAUUACUAACCUUGCUCUGAUAGGUUCGACUGUCAUUCCAGAAUGUUCCAUUUUUUACCCCUAUCAAAUAUAAAGAAACAGCAUGUAUGUAUGACUAUCUAAUAAUUAUGAAAAUAAAUAUAAUAUUAUUCAAGUUUCA